GCGACACACACACACCCACACGGGAAGAGAGAGAGAGAGAGAGUGGGGAGUGUGAUGGUGGUGUUUUCCUCCUGCAUGUAUCAGUAAAAUGUGAAGAUGGCGGAGCUGCAGAUGCUGUUGGAAGAAGAGAUUCCUGCCGGUCGAGGAGCUCUGCUGGAUAGCUACGCCAACCUCGAGAGAGUCGCCGAAUACUGCGAGAGCAACUACAUACAGUCUCCCGAUAAGCACAGAGCACUAGAAGAAACCAAAAGCUACACCACUCAGUCUUUGGCCAGUGUUGCGUAUCUGAUCAACACUCUCGCCAACAAUGUGCUCCAGAUGUUGGACAUACAGGCGUCCCAGCUACGCCGCAUGGAGUCCUCCAUCAACCACAUCUCACAGACGGUGGACAUCCACAAAGAGAAGGUGGCCAGACGAGAGAUCGGCAUCCUCACCACUAAUAAAAACACUUCUCGUACACACAAGAUCAUCGCACCAGCCAAUCCCGAGAGGCCUGUACGCUACAUCCGCAAGCCCAUUGACUACAGUAUGCUCGAUGACGUAGGCCAUGGCGUAAAGUGGUUACUAAGGUUUAAGGUCAACGCCCAGAAUAUGAAAGCGGGUACGACUCCACGCACAGCUGCACCUACCCAGAAACCACCUAGUCCCCCCGGUCCUGGGAAAGGCACUCUUGGGCGCCACUCCCCUUACCGGACGCUCGAGCCAGUGCGUCCGCCCGUCGUCCCUAACGACUAUGUGCCGAGUCCAACCCGCAACACCGCACCACCCCUGCAGAGUCCAGCUAGAACUGCAUCCGUUAAUCAGAGGACCCGCACGUACAGCAGCAGCGGCAGCAGCGGUGGCAGUCAUCCCAGCAGCCGCAGUAGCAGCAGAGAAAACAGUGGGAGUGGCAGUGUGGGCGUGCCCAUCGCCGUGCCAACCCCUGCCCCGCCCACAGCCUUUCCUGGUAUAGCGCCUGCUCCUCCCAACCCCCCCAAACCUCCUCCCUGUGUAUCUAUCCCCGCCCCUCCAGUACCUCCGCCACCUCCCACCCCCGAGCCAGUGCCCCCCGCCCCUGCCCCCACCCCUGCUCUGCCAGCAGAGGGCCCUCCCGAGAUCCCACCACCCCCACAACUGCCCCCUACCCUUCCUGUCAACACCAACACCAGUCUAGCUCCUGCAACUAGCACCCCUGCUCAAGGCAAUGGUCCUCACUUUUACAGCAUGAACCGGCCAAUGACGCGGCAUCCCACGCCCUCUACGGGAGGUUCCCUGCCGUAUCGCCGGCCGGCAUCAGUUACGGGACAGCCUAACAACAUGCCUCAGAACGCAAAUGCAAACAUGAUCCAAAACCAGCUCAACGGAGGACCACACUACAACCAAAAUCAAGCCCCUAUGGCCCCUCCACCCCCCUCUAUUCUCCAGAUUACACCUCAGCUGCCACUCAUGGGCUUUGUGGCUCGAGUUCAGGAGACCAUCUCAGACGCACCGCCUCCUCCACCCCCUGCAGAAGAGGUGGAGUUUGAGGUAGCGGCCCCGCCCCCACCUCCUCCGGAGGACUACGAGGAUGAAGACGGUGAUGAUGAGGAAGAGUCAGCGGUGGUGGAGUACAGCGAUCCUUACGCUGAAGAAGACCCACCAUGGGCUCCUCGCAUUUACCUGGAGAAAGUGGUGGCAAUUUACGACUACGCACGUGACAAAGAAGACGAGUUGUCCUUCCAGGAAGGGGCGAUCAUUUACGUCAUCAAAAAGAACGACGACGGCUGGUAUGAGGGUGUGAUGUGUGGCACCACAGGCCUCUUUCCUGGGAAUUACGUGGAGUCUAUCAUGCACUACGCCGACUGAGACACCUCAUUCUUUUGAGCGCGCACACACACACAAACACACACAGGACCACCGAUAAAUUCAGCUACACAAGCUUGUUGCAGAGGAACGAACCGAGAACUUUACGAAAGUUCGGAGCGCUGCUAAAAACGAGGAAUUGUGUCAAGAGGACGGUGAUGAUUUAAGGAGAUAUAAAUGUGUAAGAUAAAUACAUGCAGAACAUUUAUUCAUCGUUUAAUUUGAAAACCUGUAUCAGAAAAGUGUUGGUUUGCUUGACUUGUGUUGAUAUUGCUUUGCUUUUGCUCUUAUCCAUCUGUGUGUGUCUCUCUACAAUGGAUUAACUAGUGGAACAAGUCCUCAUGACAUUUCUCAAAUGAAGGGUUAAAAGAUGGCCGUCUUGGAGAUGCAAGUUUCUUUUUACAUCCACUGACCAGCAAAGAAGAAAUAAGCUUUUGCCAAGAACGAAAUAGCAAAGAUUUGACGCAUAUUAUUGUGCCAGGAAAUAGAGAUGUAUAGAUUGGAUUUAUUAUAUUUUUGUGUUUGAAGUUUGGAUUUACUUUUUAAACUCUUACAUUUCAAAUGCAGUUCUGAGGUAUUUUAGCAGAAGGACAAACCAAAGGAUCUCAGUAGUAGUUUGAAUAGUACGGGACCGAAAACAAUACUUCAUUUCCUUCAUUCCUAUACCUUUAUUUCUUUCCGACAAAGAUUUUAUUGCUUGAAAAAUAUUUGCAAGUAUGUGUAUUCUUUAUAUGUAUGAUAAAAAAGAAGAAAAAAAAACACUAUUAAAUCAUUCAGGAAGUUCGUGCCAUAAAGAAAUGUUUAUAGAUGGUCAUAUUUUUGGUUGGGAGAGAUUGCGUGUUGUGAUCAUUGACCUCGGACUCAUCCCUUUGACCGAUUGUGGACUUACAAGAGAUACAAACUAUAUGUAUGUUAUAUAUUGAUUUAUAUAUUACAGAAGUACUAUUGUGUUGGUGUAUGAAUGGUGUAGAGAAAAACGAACCCCUUUCCCCAUUAUCGGCAAUAACAAAAAGGCACAGUUAGGAAGAUCUUUAAAGCACAAGAGAUUAACACGAUCUUAGGGACCUUACAAAAUGUGAAGAACUGACUUUGGUUGAAGUGAUGUUGAAAAACAGAAACCAGCCCAAACUUUAAGACAUCCUCCGACCCACGUGCAGAUAAUGUGGGACAAACUGUACUAAAAUGCACAGAGACUUUUUCUAUAAAGUACUUUGAUGUCUAUACUGUAUGUGCGUGAGUGUGCGAGCGUGAAACGUCAAUUUCACCGACUGACUUGCUUGUCUGUGUGCAAAUCUUUAUUUUCAAUGAAAGGUCUGUGGUGGUGAGCGUGUGUGAAACGAGUCUUGCAUGUUGAUCAUUUCUGUGAUUUUCCUGCUGAUGGAAAAUAAACUGGAUAUCUGGUCUA